GUAUUAUAAAGUUAAUUUUUUUUUAAUUCAUUACGUUUGAAAGUAUUAUAAAGUAAAUAUUUUUUAAAGUUAUCGCGUUUAAAAGUAAUUUUACCGUGUUGAUUAGUUAAAACGAAGCAAAACAUUUUUUAGGCUUCAAAUAUAUUGUUCAUCUGUUACAAUGCGACUUUCGCUUGUACCUACAAUAUUGGCGGCAGCAACAAUUUCCAUCAUAGUUAUGCUAUCCAAUUUAGUAAUUAAGAAUAAUUCAUUUGUUGAUUUUGCUAUCUCAUCAAUUGAAAACUCAACAACCGAAUUGAAAGUUACGUUGUAUAAAAUGAAAAAAGAUCAACAAGAAGCAAGUAAAUACCUUCAAAUUAAAAGUCAAAUAAACAAAGUUCAAAAAAAAAAAAAUAAAAUAAAAACAAUCGAGAACGCAAAUGUGGGAAAUUUUAGUUUUAAUAUGGAUUUAGAUAUACUAAAACAACUCCACACACUGAGUUUUAUAAAACUAGACAGUGUUGUGAAAUACAACACUACUUAUAAGUUACUCGUGUUGGUUACGUCACAUCCAAGAAAUUAUUGGCGUAGGGAGUGGAUUAGGUCUUUAUGGGGUAAUAAAUCAGUAUGGAAAGAAAAAAAAUGGCGAAUAGUUUUUGUCACAGGGCAAGAACCAGAUGACAAGGUGAUGAGGAAAUUAAAUCGAGAAGCAAAAAGGUUCAAGGAUAUAUUAUGCGUAGACAUUACAGAAGACUUUUACCUGCUAUCCCACAAGUUGAUUGUUGGUCUUACCUGGAGCCUCCACAAUCUUAACUUUAAGUUUCUUUUAAAAGUGGAUGAUGAUGUAUUUGUUAACAUAAACAACGCUAUUCGAUUUGUAGACAAUACUACAACUACUGACGGUUACUACGGAAGCGUUAUCUUCAACAAUUUAGUGGAAAGAAUCGGAAAAUACGCAGUUUCAGAAAAAGAACAUCUAUCAGAAAUUUACAGCCCAUACUGUUCUGGUGGAGGUUAUAUUUUGACGAGGAAAAGUAUUGUUGAUAUUAUUCCAUAUUUUGACAUAAAAAGACCUCUAAAAAUAGAUGAUGCGUACAUAGGAGAAACAGCAAUGAGAGCUGGCAUUUCAGCAACACAAGCAAACGGAUUUUACAUGUCAAACACAUGGUGCGAAUACAAAAAAGACAUUAUUGUUUCACAUCCUGCAAAUGAUUUUAAAUGUUUAAAACUUUUAACAAACCAAAGUGCAGAGUCAAAAUUUUGAAGUAAUUCUGCUCUACUGUGCGUUGUUUAAAAUGAAGUUCACUGUGCGUUGUUUAAAAUGAAGUUUGAGUUAAAUAAAAAUGAUAACUAUAAUCUUAGAGAGAAUAUGUUGAACACAUAUAAACUGCCUAGGGUAAUAAAUAAAUAUUCAGAAUACAGCAUUUUAUAUCGAGGUCCAAAAGUAUGGAAUAUUUUUCAAAAACGGUUCAAAGGUACGGUGAGUUCGUAAAGUUCAUUCAAGUUUUUAAC